AAGAAAAAAAGCACAAUAUUCUCCCUCUCGGCCUCUCCUCGCCGUAGUGCCCCCUCGGACCUCGGUUGAUUUUUUGGUUCGCGCACGUCACCACCGAGAGUCCACCACCGCGGCGCACGGGAGGAGGCCCGAUUCGAUUCCACUCGCCCGUUCGUUCGCUCGUCCUAUUUUUUUCUUCCCCCCACCACGGCAAUUUUUUCUCUCCCACGGCCGCCACGCCACUGCCAGUCAACAGCUGCACCUGGGCUCCUCCUCUCCUCGUCGCCGUCACCGUCGCGCGCCGUCGUGUUGGUGGUGGUGGUGGUGUGCGGGCGGGCGGGCGCCGCUCGCGUCCCCGUGACGCUGCUUCCCAGCGCCGCUGCCUCCGCCUUCCACGCCGCGUGGGCGCGAAGGCGGGGCUUGGGAGUUGGAGGAGGAAGGAUAGGGGGCACGGCACGGGUGGCAGUAGUGCAAGGCAAGCAGGUCCCCGUGUAUAAUUCGGGCGGCGGCGGCGGCGGGUUGGAUCGGGGAAUCGGCGACGCGGGCCAGAGGAGGAGGAGGAUGGGGCAGCAGGCGGCGGAGGCGCAGCCGCUACUGCUGCAGGGGGACCAGGUGGACGCCGAGUGGGGCUGCAGGCCGCACCGCAUUGUACUUUUCGUCGAGCCGUCGCCCUUCGCUUACAUCUCUGGGUACAAGAAUCGCUUCCAGAACUUCAUCAAGCAUCUGCGAGAGAUGGGCGAUGAGAUGUUGGUGGUGACCACGCACAAGGGAGCUCCCGAGGAGUUCCAUGGAGCUAAAGUCAUUGGUUCGUGGAGUUUUCCAUGUCCGUUAUACCAAAAUGUUCCACUCUCGCUGGCGUUGAGCCCUAGGAUAUUUUCGGCGGUGGCUAAAUUUAAGCCGGACAUAAUCCAUGCUACUUCACCUGGAGUUAUGGUUUUUGGUGCUCGCUUUAUCGCAAAGAUGCUUUCAGUCCCAAUGGUGAUGUCAUAUCAUACCCACCUUCCAGCGUAUAUACCAAGAUACAAUUUAAAUUGGUUACUUGGACCCACAUGGAGUCUUAUAAGAUGUCUUCAUAGGUCUGCAGAUCUUACUCUAGUUCCGUCAGUAGCUAUUGCCGAGGACUUUGAAACUGCGAAAGUAGUAUCAGCAAAUAGAGUUCGGCUUUGGAACAAAGGUGUUGAUUCUGAAAGUUUCCAUCCUAAAUUUCGGAAGCAUGAAAUGCGCAUUAAAUUGAGUGGUGGUGAACCAGAAAAACCACUCAUAAUACAUGUGGGUCGUUUCGGGCGUGAAAAGAAUUUGGAUUUUCUGAAAAGGGUUAUGGAAAGGCUCCCAGGAGUAAGAAUUGCUUUUGUUGGUGACGGACCAUACAGGGCUGAGCUGGAAAGAAUGUUUACUGGCAUGCCUGCAGUAUUCACUGGAAUGCUCCAAGGCGAGGAGCUCUCACAAGCAUAUGCCAGUGGCGACUUGUUUGCAAUGCCUUCAGAAUCUGAGACACUUGGUCAAGUAGUGCUGGAGUCCAUGGCUUCUGGAGUCCCAGUUGUCGCUGCUCGUGCUGGAGGUAUACCUGAUAUAAUACCCAAGGACAAGGAGGGUAAAACCAGUUUCUUGUUUACACCCGGGGAUCUCGACGAGUGUGUGAGGAAGAUCGAACAGCUCCUUUCGUCGAAGGUUCUAAGAGAAUCCAUUGGAAGGGCUGCUAGGGAGGAGAUGGAGAAGUGUGACUGGAGAGCAGCCUCGAAGACAAUACGCAAUGAGCACUACUGUACCGCAACGUUGUACUGGAGGAAGAAAAUGGGCAGAACUAACUAGGUUUCGCUUAUCGAUUCAGGAAUCGUUCACCGCCGUCUCCACCUAGUUACUGUUAAUAACCAAAGAGUUUGUACAUUGUAUCCAACAGCAGCUCGCGAGUUUGUGCGGCUAGCUGCAUUCAUGUGUUCACAAAUCACAAUCAUGGGAUGGCCACUGACCAAAAGCUUGUAUGCGAGUCAUGUACAUUAGACAGCUCUUUGAGAUUGGCGAUUACUAUCGAAGUGCUAACUGCUAAUUUAGAAUACUGGAGGAGUUGCCUGCUGUAGUGCUGUCUCUAGAGUGAAAGUUGAAUUGUGUGUUGUUAC